GAGGCAUAAUUCUCUUGAUUGCGCAGCAUUUCAUAUCAUUCAAAUACGGCGACUUUGAAGACCCGUAGAAAAAAAAUAAGCACAUGAACCUAUAUUAUUUUUUGCAUUUUCAUAAUGUAUAGAUACCAAAGUAACUCUCUGCAAAAUUUGGUGAAAAUGACAUGGACUUCAUUUUAACUGUGGAACGUCCUUAAGUUCUAGCUAACCGGUCGCUCCCAUAUGCAGCUCGAUCUCCCACCCCCACCCCACCGACCAAUCGAGCCGACGCUCGCAACUGCCUCACGGCGCGGCCGGGCGGAGCGGCCGCCCCGCGCUCGCGCUCUAGCUAGCUGGGUUGGUCUGAUUUGAUAUGAUAAUAAUCUAAUGCUGGAGCUGGAGACGGGUGAACCUCUAAUAAGGCUAUCAUGGAUCUACCCAAAGAAAGUCAAUGCGCUGUCCUGUGUGGCAUCAAAGACAUAAAGAUGGAACAACGACCUGUCAUUGCACCAGGACCAAAUGAGGUUCUUCUUGCUGUCCACUCAGUGGGUAUAUGCGGAUCUGACCUGAAGUACUGGUCACAUGGAUACUGUGGCCGUUUCAAGCUGACCGAUCCCAUGGUCAUUGGUCACGAGGCAAGCGGCACGGUGGUGGCUCUCGGUCCAGGCGUCAAGCAUAUAGACGUCGGUGACCGUGUAGCCAUAGAGCCGGGCGUCCCGUGCCGGAUGUGUAGUCUGUGUCGGGUGGGGAAGUACAACCUAUGUAAGGACGUCCAAUUCUGUGCCACGCCCCCCGUUGAUGGGAACCUAUCUCAGUACUACCUCCAUGCAGCUGAUUUCUGUUUCAAACUUCCAUCCAAUGUAAGCUAUGAGGAGGGUGCAUUGGUUGAACCCCUUGCAGUGGCACUCUAUACCUGUAGCAGAGCAGAAGUGUCCCUUGGAUCAAAAGUGCUUAUAUGUGGAAGCGGUCCAGUUGGUAUACUCACAAUGCUCACUGCCAAAUCGAUGGGAGCAAGUCAAGUCAUUAUAACAGAUAUUGAUGAUCAUAGGCUGAGUGUAGCUAAGCAAUACGGAGCUGAUUGCAUUCUGAAUGUCAAGGGGUUGAGCAGUGAGGAGGCUGCAAAGAAGGUUGUUGACCUCUUAGGAGCCGAGCCACAUUGUGGUAUGGAAUGCUGUGGAUCAGAUAUAGCUCUACUCUCCUGUAUAUUAGCUUGUCGACCGGGCGGAAACAUCCUCUUGGUUGGAAGAGGGUCCUUGGAACCCAAACUUCCUGUCUCACUUAUAUCCACCAAAGAGUUGACACUGAAAGGAAUAUUCCGUUAUGCAAACAUGUACCCCAAGGCAAUCUCCAUGCUAUCGUCCGGUCAGAUGCCAAUCAAAGACCUCGUCACCCAUCGCUUCCCCCUCAACCAAGUAGAUGACGCCUUCAACACAGCCAUAAGCCGUGAAUCUUGUGCCAUGAAGGUCAUGAUACAUGUGAGCUAACAUCAGAAGUAUGCUAAAGUGCGGCUUAUCGAGUCACUGGUCAAGUAGCGCUCAAAUGCGUUGCUCAUAUAUUCUAUAUUUUUUAUACCUCUUUAUUUUGCCGACUCCUGUAUGGAUGGAAAAGAAAAGAUAGUAUGAGAUCAAUAUUUGUUCAUUUGAAUAUAAAAUGAUUUUAAAUUUAAAUGAAUUAUUGUACUGUGUGUGUUGCAUCUUGACAGUACUUACAUAGAGAAACUGCUUUUCUGUGAUAGCUUAUACCUCGGUGACAUUUGCUCUACAGCGGCCGUAUGGCGAGUCAAAAACAGCCGUUUUAACAUUUUUUGUACCAGAUACAUAAAGGUGGUUUGAAUAAAAAUGAAUAAAACGGCUGUUUUCGACUCGCCGUAGAGCAAAUGUGACUGAGAUAUUAGCAAUGGUACAAAAAAAAAACAAUGCACAUUUGUUGGGAACUGUCAGAAAUCAACUAGAACUUACCAGAACUAUCAGCUGGCUGUUAUUUGAAAGUGCUUGGAGUUUUAGAAUAAUCCUAACAAUCCCUCAACUGCAAUAAAAAAGAGUUUUCAACUUUUGAAUGCCAUACAAAAAAUUGAAAGGAAUUUAGAGCAGACUCAUAUAAUACCGAUGGAGAUUUUCCUCUUGUAGUUGCCACCGCAACCGCCUGAACAUUUGGAAUGCUCUCUAUUCAUUAUAUAGGACAUUCCAAAAAAAAUUGCCUGCUUAUUCCAUCUCCAGUGUGACCAAGCAAGUAUUUUAGAAAAAAAAUAAGGACAAGAAAUCAAGAAUAAAAGAUUUUUUUUUCACAAAGAGUAAUUGUGUUGAUUAAAAACCAAGUUGCCUCUUACGGAUUUCACUUUGAAUGGCAUUGUGACCAAGAUGACCAAUGUUGCUUUCCCAAACACAUUAAAGCUGCAAUAGUGGAGCCUCUUGGGAAUACUGAAAGGUGCUCGAUUUAAAGGGGAAGUUCACCCUAACAAAAAUUUUGUUGUAAAAAUACCAGAAUAAAACAUUUUUUAAAAAUAUUGGUGAAAAAAAUAUAUUGUCAUUGGCAAUGUCUUAUACCAUUUUUCUGACUUCAUCUAGUUACUUGUCUUUGUCUAUGAUAUACAUUUAUCAAGGCAGCACGUUUUUUACCAAGCUGCUGCAAACAGUCACUAAUAAUCAGCUCAUCGGCUUAGUGUGCUUUUACUGAAACUGAAGGCGUGCAGAUCUCCUAUGGAUGGAGGAAUUCAACACAGAAGAAGGUGAAGGUUUGAGAAAGAUCCAUCAAAGAUUGAGAAAUUUAUUAUAAAUUUAAGUUUUUGAUUUAUGACGUCAUAUACUAGCAGCUGCCCCAUAUGUCAUGUAAUGUCAAAUGCAUGAUUUUCCAUUUUUCAAUGGUUCAUGAUGACUAAAAAAAAAAAUUUCAGGAGCAGAUGUGAAAUGAUUUGUCUGUUGCUAUACACCAAUCCAGGCAAGGGGCCAUGAUAUUUGCCCUUUCGGCAGUUUGAGAGUAUUGAAAUGUACAUUGACAACAUUGAAUUAGUAGGCCUAUUAAUUUUUUUUUUUUUUUUUUUUAGAAAAUUACAUUUCAUUGAUUUUUUAUUUAAAUUCACAAUACACAUGGAAAGCUGCUUGCAUAUGACGUCACAAAUAAAAAACUUCUUAUAAAGUUUUCUCAAAUCUCCACCUAUAUUUUGCAUUAUUUCUUCUGCUUUUUUUACAAUAAACUCUUUUGUCAGGGUGAAAUUCCCCUCUUAUAGUCAAAAUUUGACUUUAAUAGAGGUUAUUAACACAUUUUUCAAAUUCUGGUCUGAAAUAAUGCUUUGAGUUUCAUGAUUUAUUCAACUUAUGGAUGGUUGGCUUAUGCAGAGUCUAUUGUAUGACCAAAAAAACACACAAAUAGACAAAUGGUGAGCAGAGCUGCCAAGUUGUAGAUUUUUCCAUAUUUAGUACUGAAAAAAAUGAGAAGAAAACUGGUGGUUUCAUGCAAAAUACUGAUUUCUAAAGUUCCAGGUUUAUGUGUUGUCCUGUGGUAUUUCUUUGAAAAUACUGAUUUCCUCACCCCCCCAAAAAAAAAACAGCCAGAUUUUCAGAUUUUAUAAAUACUGAAAUGUUCUUGUUUAGGUUGGCAGUUUUGGGUGUGAAAUGUAUACUGUUUCGUUAUUAUGAAUAGUGCACUGCAGUAAACAAGUUUGCCAUCUCAAUCUGUUAUUAUCAAUGCUCAUUAUUGUUGCAUACAUGUACCUGCCUCGCACGUGUGAAACAAGUGAUGCACAAGGGAGUUAUAAUAGUGUGUAUAAAUAAAGGUAGACACCACCUGAUCCUACAUGAAGCUUGUUAUUGCAACUAAAGAAGACUAUUGGGCUAUUCUUAGACAUAGCUUUUCUUAAUAUUAGUCUGAUAUAUUUUCCCCAUUAAAUGUGCUUGUAUAGUGGGAAAGCUCUUGCAUGAAGAAAGAGAUUUGCUAAUAACCUACCGGUAUUCCAUCGAGUUCAUUAGAAUACAUUCGCAUGCUAAAAUGAAAGUAUGGAAGCUCAAGUGUGAGCAGUUAUAUAUGUCGGUUGUGGAAUGUUUAUUAAUAGCAUUGAAAAUUUGAGGUGAAAACAAUCCAAAUCAGGUAUUUGUGCACAUUCCGUUGACAUCAAAACUAUGCAAAAUGUUUUACCUUUAGAUAAGAAACGCUUUACAAAAUAUGAAUAUCAUUGAUCCACAACAUGAAAAAUUUGUUAAAAUACACUAAUAGUUUCUGAUAUACGCUUCGGAACUACGUGUACAUGCACAAUGUAGGAUGCACCCUAAAGUUGAUUUAUACAGUGUAUGUUUCUUUCAUGUUUUGGAAAUUUGGAAGUAGGUUUUCAUUCGGAUGAUUUUGAGGAACUUGUUUUCAUUUUAAGUACAGUAUGCAUAUCAAUCAAUUAAAAAAAAGAGCAAUAAAUGGCCCCAUGCCCAUCCAGCAUUUACCUAUUCAACAACAUGAUUCAAACAUUAUACUUUUAUUUUAUAAUUAGUCUUUUGUUAUUCUGUGACUAAAACAUUAUAUUUCUAUUACUUGAAUUGUUGCAAUACAUGUAUGUAUGUAAUGAGAACAGAUAUAUUGUAAAUAUUGAUAAUUAUUUAUAUGAAACACCUUUGAUAGGUGUUUAAUGAGAAAUAUGAAAAAUAAAGUGAGCUGAUUUGAAAUGAA